AUGUCAGAAACCGUUGGUGGAGGCCACCGUGGCCGUGAGCACCGUGAAGCCGUGUGGACGCUGGUGGUCACUGCCGGGAGGACACUGGGAGCCGCCUCGAGUGCCAGAGGCGACGGCAGAGAACCGGACUCCGAGAUCGCUAGACAGCAAAGCCUCGCAGGCCUCUCCCCCUCUGGCCCCGAGGCCGGGCUGUGUCCCCGGACACCUGGAGGGUUUCCUCAUGACCCCCUGGCUUUGCGUCUCGGCUGCAGCACAAGCGGUCACCUCCCCCUGAAUGGCUGGUGGAGCCCGGGCGUCUCUGCGACGGGGAACUCUCUGAGUCGGGAGGGGACGCAGCACCCUCGUUUCCCAGCCACUGGACCUGGACGACGCGGAUUUGGUGGCACCAGAGGAGACGCCACUUUUCCACCUGCCACCAACGUCCGGGCACCCCAGGCCUGCGUGCCAGGGAACCGCCGGAUACGCUCUAUCGCCCUCUGCUCCUCUCGGUCUCUUGUCUCCGUGGGCUGGCUUUCCCUACACCCAGCUCUGGAAGUUCUCUACACGCUUGUCUCCACCGCCAACGCCAUGCUCAGGACUAUCAACAUCGCCGAGAUCGAGUUCAUUUGCGAUUCAGCCCCUUUCACCACGGUUGUCACGCAAACUUCCUACUUUGAUCAGCGGAGGGCGGAGAGGGAGAAAGCCCGCGGAGGCCCGGGUGCGGCGCGUCCGCGGCGCCCUUGGCGGGUCCCCGCCCCCUUCCGGAAGGAGCCGCGGGGACGCGGCAUCCUGCACCUUGACCCGUCUAGACUGGCCCCGGGGUUUUGUGUCGGUUACCAGGGGCGAGGGGUGCUCUUUGACCCCCGCGCGGGGCGGAGGUGGUGGCCCGGGGCGGGGGGGGGGCGCUCUGAAUCCUCGCCGGAUUCCGGAGGGACCGGGGCGCGCGGAGACGGGCGCCAGCUGUUCCCCGCGGCCGCGCCCGUGCCCCCAGGUCCCCACACACCCCGGGGCCCCUCGGAGGCUUUCCCAGCAGACCUGUUGGACCAAGUACGAGAGCGGAUGAACCAGUAAGAGCUCGAAGAAGACCGCACUAAGGAGGAGAAGUCUAAGAGAUUUGCUCCGAGGAAAGGGAACAGAAUAUACAAAGAAUUUUAAAAAUCCUAUUUUUCUCCUGAUGCUUACAGACCUAUGAAACUCGCGUGCGAAGCUCUGAUAGAGAAGCAUGAAGACGAAAUACUCUCACUUAUCGCCCAGGAGGCACACGACCUCGCUGACAAGCUGUGCAGUGAAAAAGCAGGUCUCUGUGAAUCCUCCGCCGAUGUCACUGAGCUCUGGGACGGCGCCCCUCCCGGUUCCUGA